AUGGCGCUCCAGCCUGAUCGAGUACACGAGGCUGAGGAGAAUUCGAGUCAUUAUUUUGGGCUUCUGGGCCUCAUUAAUCAAGAACUACAAGAGUUACCAGACAUCAUUGAUUUUACACCGGAACUGCUACUUCAGACACCUCAUGACAACAACCCCAACGAUUUCGUGAACAAUCCUGGCUUACCCCCGCCGGGGGAACCUGUGAAUUUUCUGACGCAGCUCGUUAGUGAUGCAGAGUUUAUUGAUCCGAGAUUCCUCAAUGAACAACCCUCUAAUCGGUUGCCUUCACCUGAAUCUGACCCGGGAGACCCUCCGAGAGUCAUUACAGUCGCAGACGCCAUCGCUUUCGUGGAAAGAGGAACAACUGUUGAAUCCACAUAUUGGCAACAACGUUUCGAGAUUGGAGUACCUGAAGCAAUUUUGGAAGCAACCCACGAAGCGACACGACAGAACAAGCAGAAAAAACUGGUGCGAAACUGUCUGAAGUGCAGGUUCGAAAAGAAAAAGUGCGAACAUCCUACGAAGUACGAUGCACGAUGCCUACCAGCAAAUCUCGCCGCCUACGACAUGCUGUUCAUACCUCCAGAUCUCUUGAUGAAGAUGACCCAUGCUCUGUAUGCGAAUGUUAUUGCACGGUUGAAUACUCAAAGAUACUUGCGGUCUGAUGACAAGCCAAUGUCCUUGCAUAUUGUCCUGGAAGAUUCCUCAUCGUCAACAGGCCUGCAAAAUGAGCACGACGUGGUGUUCUACAUUGACUGGCUACGACGUAUGCUACAGAUGGAUACGCACUCGCAUUCUACUGUUAUAGAGCCUGCCAUAGAUGUGGCACGAUUCGAUGAUUUCAUUUCAAUGAAGAUGUGGCCUGGCCACGAGCAACAACCAGAAUCAAAGUUCACACAGGCUCAAGAGGAUAUACUCCAAACGGCGCGACUGUUUUGCGGCUACGUUACACUCUUAGCCAAUCUCGAUCGCAUCGAGAUAUAUACCGAAUAUACAGAACAAUACACCGCGAAAUCAGUCUGUAUUGUGCUCGUCUACUUUUUCAUUUAUCGAUUGUGUCAGCUUUACCAGGAACUAGGCCACAACUUGCAAGCUCUGGUUGAUGAAACAGCAAGCAAUCAUUACAUCGUGGCCCGCGCUCUCGAACUUAUAUAUGGGUGUCGUGAUAUUACAACCCCCAUUGAGUGGAGCACUGCAAACCGUCCAUUUUUGCGACCACUGGAUGAUAUGCGACUACUGCUAAAUGAGAGACUACGUUCAAUACGGUCAGACGUUUCGUACAUAGAACGCUGUUUCAAUUCUCCAUAUCGCGGAAACCGAAGAUCGUUGGAACACCCUACAAUGAAAGCUGCCGAUAAAUUGCAGCUACCAAAUAACCUCCAAAUUUAUUUUGAGGGGAAAUCGUCUCGACUAUCGACUAAUAUGAUGCGCACAAGGAAUGGCGGGUAUAGUAUGAGAUCCGUAACCGACCUUCUUUCUUCACGAGAUAGUUACCAUCUCCCUCCAUCGGAUCAAACAUUCAUGGAUCCCGACCAACCGAUCCCGCCUUUUGCGAAUACCGGCUUACCUUUAGACAAUGGCGAAUAUUUAACUGGCCUUUCCUCAACUCAGAUUCUGGAAGUAUUGGGGUCUCAUGCCCUUGAUACUAGAAUACAGUCUCCAUCAGCUCAAGCCAACGCUGCAACACGCCCUCCGGCAUCUAUUGGCCCUGAUCUUGAGAAUGAAUUAUCAUCAUCUGGAGGUCAUACAUGGGGUCUGGCUAUGGGAAAUACAAGCAGAUGGUUCGAAGGUGGUACUUCCAAUAGUUUCUGUGAUCCCCGUCCCACAAAGACCUUGUAG